GAAAAGGACCUAAGAAAAUCCAGGUCAGGAAUAAAUGAGAUAGUAGUGAUCAUUACAUAACUUUAUGAAUAAACCAAAACUACAGAUUUAUAAUUUCAGAGGGGAGUUUAUAGUAUGUGAGUUAUCUCUCAAUUGUAUAAAAGUGAGUCUCAUAGGUUGUUAUAAAAAUUCUGUUCAUUUGCUUACUUGUUUGUUUAAAAAAAGAAAAAAAAAAAAAACCCAAAGGUCUGUACUAACCAUUUUUCUUUGACUUCUUCCCUUUUCCUAUAUGAUAUGUUAUAUCAUGACUCACUGGGUUCCUUUUUUUCUGCUAGCACAUGGAGAGAAACAUGAGGAAUUAAUUACCUUAGGAAGUCCAGAUUCCCACACUAUUAGUGAGGGACAAAAAUCUUCAGGAACUUCUAAAGCAACAAGAAAAGGUAAAGAAAAGUCUUCUGAGAAAGAAAAGACAACCAAAGAAAAACAAGCACCUCGCUUUGAGCCUCAGAUGUAUGCUGUCCACCCUCAACAAGAAGACCCAAAUAAACCCUACUGGAUUCUGAGGCUGGUCACUGAGCACAAUGAAGCAGACUGUGUUGAAGUGAAAAAAGAUACAGAACGAGCAGAUGAAAUCCGAGCCAUGAAGCAAGCCUGGGAGAUGAUGGAGCCAGGAAGAUCAAUCAAGGCUGCCCAGGCUCGUCUCCAUUAUCUCAGCCAGUUCAUUAGGAAAACGCCUGAUGCUGAGUGCGUGCCUGUGUCUGAAAGCCAAAUCAAAGCCGGGGAAGAAGGGAGCAUGCUGUGGAAGAAGUGGCAAGUAGGCAAGGGCAUGAAGGAUCUAGCAAAGUCAACAAACAGUGAAAGUGGAGGAUCUUCCCCAGCAGGGAAGGAAGAGCGUGAUCAGAGCUUACGGAGGGAAAAUAUCAGGCCUCGUUCACGAUCGCCAACAAUUUUGGAAAUGUCUCCACAGCUUAUUCGAAAGAAAUUACAAUGUGUAGACAUAAAUCAAUAUAUACGAAAAACAAAUAUUGAGGCUCUGCUGCAAACAGAUGAGCUAAAUCAGCAACAGGCAAUGCAGAAGGCAGAGGAGGUCCACCAGUUUCGACAGUAUCGGAACAGAAUCCUCAGCCUGCGUGAUAUCGAGCAAGAAGAAAGGUUUAAAAUGAAAGAUGAAGUGCUACAGAUGUAUGGAGAAAUGCGGGACUCCUUAGACGAAGCCCGGCAGAAGAUCUUUAACAUCCGGGAAGAAUACAGGAACAAAUUACUGGAAGCUGAGCGCCUAAAGCUGGAGGCUCAAGCUGCGGAGGAAGCCGCAAGUCGAGUGGAGCCAGAAAAGAAAAUCCCAGCUCCCGACACACACAAAAAAAAGAAAGAGAAGAAAAAGUGACCAGGGCGUGCCCAACACCACUUUUCUUCCGGAGAAGAAAAACCUAUUUUUCAUUAUCUCUAAGUUUGCCUGUUGAUAAAAAUAAGAGGUUAGGUCAAUUGAAUAAUAGACCUUAGAAGUUAGUUUCCAUGUUUUGAUGUUACUUUAUUGGUUUUUCCCAGAAAGCUAUUAUUUGAGUUUUAAAUUUUCUAAUUUCAAUAAAAAAUAGUCUCAAAAUAUUUUGGAAUGUAAUAAGGUGUAUGUGUCUCACUCUGAAUUGCUACAUUUUGAGUUAGUACUAGAAUAGGCUCUUAAUGCCUUUGAAAAAUGCAACAAUGAGAAAAAAUAGCUGUUGUUUUUCUGUAACUUUAAAGAUUUUCAAAUAGAAUUUUUUUAAUAUGCUUUGAAAUCAUUGAGUAGGAUAGAGAUGAAACUAUAUGAGUCUAGAUGCAAGCAUGAAAAAGCACACUCAGAAAAGAAAGAGAGAAACUCACCAAACAAAUGAAACUUUAAAAGAAACUGUUUUAAUAAAACUAUUUGCUUCGGACUUAUACCUUUUUAAAAUUCUUUCAAAGCAGAACGUCAACAAACCUCCUUCAUUGGACAAGAACAUU